AUACAGUCUAACAGAGUGGCUCGCUGUCCUACUUCCGCCAGCCACGUCGGUCAACAUUACGUGUAGCUUGUUUCUAUCCGUGUUACCCAAAUGUCAAACUCCGUUCACGCCCCAUCACGGCGGCCUCCGAUUGGGCGAAGCUGAAUGUUUUAUUUCCGUCUCACUUCCUAUGGAGGCUGCGGCGGCCAUCUUUAAAUAGGUCAACAUGGCCCUGUGACCAUAGGGAAUAAAGGGCGACUUUAAAACCCAAUAAUGGUUAAAGUGAGCAUAAUGUGUAGCUGUACAUGCUGAUAUAGGUUCAGUUUAAGCGAGAAUAGAGUCCUAUUGGUUAUUAUAAUACAAAUAAUAACCUGUGGUGUGACUCCUGUAAAAGACAUCCAUUAAAAUCAGCGCUCUUGACAGCCCACAGCGCAACAUGUUUAAUGAGCCCCAUCCAUGUAUUUGCUGAUGGAGGUAUUCCCAUCUUCCUCCUCCUUUGCCCUGAGUAAAGAUGGCGGACAUGCUUCCGUCACCUAAGCCCAGGACUCCGCCCCUACAGCGCACACCCUCUGUGUAUGACGUAUUUUCUGGUUCCGGUGUCCCGGUUUUGGCUUGUCCAGCUCGGUGUCUCUAGAUGGCGGAGGUGCGCGCGGGUCCCGCCGCUUCCGGUCCCUCUCCGGGUUCCGGUUCCGGUUCGGUGUCCCCGUCCUUAUCACCCCCGCCUCCACCAGGACCGGGGCCUGGGUCCACGCCUCCGCUCCCGCCGCCUCCUCCCCCUCCCGGCACCGGGCCCGCUCCACCAAGGGAAGGAUCCAAUAGCUCCUCGGGGUCCGCCUCCGGUUCGGCCAGGGAGGGCUGGCUCUUCAAAUGGACCAAUUACAUCAAGGGCUACCAGAGGCGCUGGUUCGUGCUGAGCAAUGGGCUGCUCUCCUAUUACCGGUAAUGGACCUGUGGAAGGCAUCAAUAAUCAAUAAUCAAUACUGACAUGUACUGCUCUCUAUUGAUCAUCUUCUGUCCCACUGCCAUUAAAACCCUCACUGCUGACAGUGGCACAUCGAUAAUCAAUACCUGAUAUACAUUUAUAAUGCCAUUGCUUAUCAAUAAAUAUUGUUUGACAGUGGACAAGAGUAUACUUUGUGAUCCAAUGUCACUGGAUACAGUCUGCCAUUACCAAUCCACAAACAUUGUGUCUUAUGACAGUCAUGGGUUUACUUUGUAAUCCAGUGCCAUUACUAAUCAAUAAAUAUUGUGUCUUAUGACAGCGGACAUGAGUACACAUACCUUGAUCCAAUGUCCCUUCGGUUACUAAUCUAUAUUGUGUCUCAUGUCUGUGAUCACGAGUUUAAUGUACUUUGUAUACUCUGUGAUUACUAAUCUUUAAAUAUUAUAUAUCAAAGCACUGAUUGUGAGUGUAGUAUUCUUUGUGAUCCUAUGUCACAAAAAAAAGCAAAUGGCAAAUAUAACUUUCAUGCUAGUGGGUGCAUAAGGUCACUAGGAGUGUCCCUUUUGUUAAACACCAACAGUAACUUAAUUCAUUCUGCCAUUGCUAAUCAAUAUUGUUGCAUCUAUUGAUUGUGAUUAAAAAAAAGUGUGCUUGGUGGUUCAGUAUUGCUUAGUAGUGCAAGCUGUCAUUAGUAAUUAUUUUUUUGUCUUAUUACUGUUUUCAUGAGUUGAAUGUACUUUGUACAGUGUGCCAUUUCUAAUCACUGCUGCUUGCAGUGACAGUAGCCCAGUACAUACUAACUUUCCAUGUGUGAAGUAUAUCUUGGAGGAAUGUGACAUCUUAAUCUACAAACAGUCUACAGAGCGUCAGUAGAACACUAAUAAUCAUACAGCACUAAUGGCUUUUUUUUUUUUUUUUGGUCAAUUCUGCUUUUGUGCAACCCCUCAUGCAUUUGUAAUGAUUUGGGUGGUUGAGAUUCAGGUAGCACGCGGCAGCUGCAGUGCCAAACCUCAGCUAUCCCUUUAUUAUCCAUUGAAAGGUUUCAGCAGUUGGUAUAUUGGUAAGCCUCAAUUAUAGGCAUUAAUUCAUUAAGCAGUGUUGAUUUUAAAUAACAAACAAAAACUUUGUUUAAUGGAUAAUUGUUUUAAAAAUACAUAAUCAAGAGGGAUUUUACCUUUUUAUCAUGUUAUCUUCUUGUUUGUAUCAAUUAGAUGCAUUGGGGAUAUUGGCAAGAAAUUUAGUAAUUUAUUUUCUUUCUGGGAAUUUUACAGAUGUAGAAUUUUCAGGUGAUACAUUUAUUAUUUGCUGAUUCAAUAGAUUGUAGAGUUGAUUGAUCUUAUUUUCUACUCACCUCGCCAUAGACUAGCUAUAAUUUAUUUAAAGCAAGUGCUUCCAGUGCCACCUGUAUGUCAAGACUUGGCAUUGAUUGAAUGGAGAAAAAAAGUCUCUCAAUAAUUAGUGUUUAGUUUUGAUUUCUUUAGCUGAACUGUGCAAACGCUUUCAGCAGUGCUGGAAUUUUGUAAUUGAUCAACAGAUGGCAUGCCACAGAGGGGAUAUAAAAGAAUAUUACAAAUAUAUUCAGGGCCAAUACAAACCAUUGCCUGGAAAUCUAUUCAUAAACAAGACUAUACAUAGGAGACAAGGUUACACAUUUAGACUCGAAGAAAGGAGAUUUAGUCUAAAGCCAAGGAAAAUGUUUUUUACCAUACAAACAAAAAGGAUGUGGAAGAGUUGGUUUUAGCAGAGUCUCUACAGACGUUUAAACUGCAUCUGGAUAAACACUUGCAAAAGCUUAAUAUUCAGGGAUCUAAUUUUUAAUCUGUGGGGUAGUAGCUUUUUGAUCCAAGUAGAGAUCUGACUGCCAUUCAAGGAUCAAGAAGAACUUUUUUCAUAGUUUGUUGAAAAAUUUGAAACACUUCAAACUAGGAUUUAUUUGGAUCAACAGCAAAAACAGAUUUGAGAAAGGAUGAACUUGAUGGACACAUGUCUCUUUUCAGCCUAUGUAACAAUAGCUGUUGAACCCCUGAAUGCACAAUUUGCAGCUAAGCAAUUGUGUUAAUAAACAGGUACUCACCUUAGUCACCUUUUUAUUGUACUAGGGCAAAUAACACAGUACAGCUAUUAAAUUAAAUGCAAGUGAAAGAAUGAAUAUGUGAUAUAUUGCGUUCCUCAUUUUUCUAUUCUGUGUGUAUUUUAAAGUAUUUUUUUUUUUCACUAUUUACUGAUCAAUACUGAUCAAUGAGUGACAUCGCUCAGCCGCGGUAUUUAAAGGGCUAUGAACAGCACUCACUUGGAGCCCUGUUCACACCUCUUCUGUCAGUCUGUGAGCACAGCAUGAUGGCAUAGACCGCUUUGUGGUCCUUAAAGGGACACUAUAGGCACCCAGACCACUUCAGCUCAUUGAAGUGGUCUGGGUGCAGUCUCCUAGGCCCCUUAACCCUGCUAUAGUAAUUAUUGCAGUUUCUGAUGAACUACAAUAAUUUACAUUGCAGAGUUCACUCCACCUAGAGUGUCUACCAGACAGCCACGAGAGGCACUUCCUGACGUCAUGGCUGGCGUGUGGUCCAAUCACAGACUUCUCAUAGAGAAAAAAAAAGCGAUGGAGGGGAGAGCUAACUUACAACAGACGUAAUUUAUGCAUACAACGGACAUUAGGCUGACAGAAACAGAGUUCGGGGCUGCAACUAGCGCCCAGCACACAAUUACCAAUUUUUCUGUAUGUGCAAUUUUUCAGGUUGAAACACGGCACAUACUGACUCCUACCAUCAUGACCUCUUUAAAUCACUGAAAUGAUUAUGGUGGUUGUAGUAACCCUUUAAGUAAAGGCUUUCUUGGUACUUAGAGAGUCCCUUUAAGGCCAAUGAACAAAUGCCCUAUGUAAUUAAUACAUUUAUAAGUCAAGUGCUGCCAUAUUGGGACCACGGGGGCACUCUAUUUACCUAUACCUGAUCUAUAACUAUUGAAAACAUGCCAGGUAUUUGAAGUCUUAUCUGGUGUAUUUAAUGUAAUGACAAAAGAGCUACAGUAGUAAAUGGACUUUUAAGAGUGUGUGUUGAAUUUUAAAACUAAGUGCUUUAGUUAGUUUAGGGCAUGUAUAUUUGCUCUUUCUCAAUAGUACAGUUGUGCAAUCGGAUAAAGGCUAAAAAGUUUGUCGUGUUUGGUUUCUCAGUGAACAAAUUUAUGAAAUGCGAAAACGCUUAAAGGGCAUUAUUUUCUUUUCUUCCUUAGUCAAAUGAUCUAAUUUUAUUCACUUCUCUUUAUGCGGAUUUUGUUGAACUGGGUCACUGUAAUAAAAAUUUUCUUAUGAGUUAAAAUUGAGGGAAAUUAAGACUUUUAUAAAAACUUAUUUGCUGGACAAUUUAAGAUGUUUUAUUUUGAUGUAACCCUUAAUGUCAGUGAAUUUGCCUAAUGAAUGUAAACUAAAUAAAACAUUUUGGGAUCUGAAGAUAGAUCGGGGCUCUCAACUCUAUAUAUACAACUUCAACUUUUCAGUCCUUUUUAUCUGGACUUUUUUUUUCCAAAACAAAUGACAGAAGCGUGGACAGACAUUUAAAAAGUGCUGCUAAAAUGAGAGGGUGAGUGUAUUCAGAAAGAAGUUGAAUGGGUGACCCCAAAAUGACGUUACUACUCACAGUAAAAAAAAACAAAAAAAAAAAAAAAAACAACCCAGAGUGUAAACGCAACAAACCAGAACUGUACCAGAUCAAGGUGCAAAGACAAGCCAAAAUCAACCUUGUGUGUGUAACAAACAUGCUGUGAAGUAGAUAUGCGAACAAAAACAGAUCCAGUUACAUAGAAGAUACAAUGAAAAUAUGUAGUAGGUACAUUGAAAGAGAAACAUAGCUUUAAUUCAGGCAAAAAGCCCAAACACAAACAAGCUUACAGGCACUGGCUGCAUACUACAUAAGCUGAGCUAUACAUUCAAUCAAUUUAAAGUGAUACUCUAAGCAGCAAAAUAACUUUAACUUAGUGACGCAGCUUUAGUGUAUAGAAUAGAUCAUAACUCUGCAGUCUCACUGCUCAAUUCUGUCAUUUAGGAGUUAGAGCACUUUUGUUUCUAUUUAUGCAGCCUUAGCCACAUAUCCUUUUGCCUGUGACUCACACAACCUCUGUGAAAAAAAGUUUCAUUUUCAAUCCGAUCAGAGUGUUUGUUUACUUUUCAUCACACAUUGGAGGCUCCUGCAGGAUCUAGCAGGGUAAUACCAGAGCAAGACAUGAGAAAUUAUUUCAAAAGGGAAGCUAAAAAAUGUUGACUAAUUUUCAGGAAGUGUUUGGAGAGACUGUAGGUCACAUGCAGGUGAGGUUUGCUUAGGACUGCAUAAUCAAGUUAAUUCAACUCCUAACUGGCAGUGAGACUGCAGGAGUGUAAUUAACCCCUUCAGGACCAUACUGUUUAAGCCAUGUUGUACAUUAAGGACCAGAGCGGUUUUAACACUUUUGUGUUUUGUGAUUAGCUGUAAUUGUCUACUCUCUCAUUUACUGUUCCCAUACAAAUGAUAUGUUACAUAUGAUAUUAUUUGUAUCAUGUCAUAUAAUUUUACUUUAAAAAAAAUAAAAUAUGGUGGAAAAAUUUAAAAAAAUAAUAAUUUUUUUUUGACUGUUACUUGAAAAAUCUUUUACCUACAAAAGCUAAUGGAAAAAACUGCUAAAUAGAUUCAAAAUUUUGCCCUGAGUUUAAAAACAUCCAGUGUUUACAUGCUUGUUUGCUUUUAUUUGGACUGUUAGCUGCAAGGCAAACAAGGUAUUUGCCUUGGGCGGCAUUUUCCAGGGGGCGGCAAAAAAAGCCGCCCUCAAAUGCCCAGGGCAAAUGUCUUGUUAGCAUUGCGGCUAACAGUCCAGGCAGGCGGGUGGCUAAGUAAAAAUCCGUGCGGGCGGCGCUGGCGAGGGAGCACUUUCCUCUGAGCUCUCUGCUCAGCUCCCUCGCGAUCCGCAGAGUGAUGCCGGGAGCCGGAAUAUGAAGUCAUAUUCCGGCUCCCAGCAUCACUCUGCGGCGAGGGAGCUGAGCAAAGAGCUCACUAAUCAGUUCUCUCUCGCCAGCCACUGUCCAGUAGGUAUACUCUUUCAAAACAGUAAAACGUAUCACAACAAUGAUAUCAUCAAUGUAAGUGCCGUUUGUGUGUGAAAAAUGCAAAAAAUUUCAUCUGUGAUAUGUUUUACUGUUUUGAAACACUAAUAUUUGUGUUCAGCGAAGUCUCCAGAGUAAAAUAGUACCCCCUAUGUACAGGUUUUAGGAUGUCAUAGAAAGUUACAGGGUUAAAUACAGUGCUAUCAAAUUAAAUUCUCUGGACUUUCAACCUGGGUUGUCAGGCAGGUCCCACAAAUUGCAAUCAAUAAAAUUACUUAAUUAUGUAAACAUAUUACAUAAAUAUGCACGUAGAAUUAAAAUAAAUAUAUACACAUAUUUAUAUAUUUGAAGUUUACAUGUAUAUUUAUGAAAUUAUAUAUGUAAUUUUGUAUAUUGAUAUCUAUAUAUUUUGUAUUUUUAUUUAUUUAUAUUUUUUCAUUCUAAGUGUAUUUUGAGAGAUAAUUUUUUAUUUUUUUUAUUUACUUAUUAUUUAUAUUAUAAUGCUAUUUCUAACUGGAUGGCUGCCCACUUCCUUAAACUCAACUUGACCAAAACUGAAAUUCUGGUCUUUCCUCCCUCAAGUGUUGCUACUCCUGUGUCUGUAUCCCUCCAAGUCAACGGUGAUACCAUCAGCUCCACCACGCAGGCUCGCUGCCUUUGUGUUCUCUUUGACUCCAACCUCUCCUUCACGCCUUAUGUUCAGUCUAUCGCCAAAUCCUGCCGCUUCCAUCUCAGAAACCUUGCAAGAAUCCGAUCCUACUUAACGCAAGAUGCAACUAAGGUGCUGGUCCAUUCCACUUUCCUUUCUCGCCUUGACUACUGUAAUUCGCUUCUCAGUGGUCUUACGUGCUCCCAACUUGUGCCGUUACAGUCCAUAAUGAAUGCGACGGCGAGGCUCAUCUUUCUGUCCGCACGCACCACCCACACCUCACCCUUCUGUCAGUCCCUACAUUGGCUUCCUGUAAGAUAUAGGGCUCGAUUUAAAAAUCUGGUUCUUGCUUUUUAAAUUUCUACAAAAUGCUUCUCCCACCUAUCUAUCCUCCCUAAUAUACAAGUAUGUCCCGUCUAGGCCCUUACGCUGUACUGAAGACUUACGUCUAUCUUCUGUCCGUACUCCCACCUCUGAUGCUCGCCUUCAAAACUUCUCGAGGGCAGCUUCGGUCCUGUGGAACUCACUUCCCUCCUCUUAGAUGCUCACCCAGUCUCCACUCUUUCAAAAAAAUAAUUAAAAAAACACUUCUUCGUAAAAGCAUAUCAAUUAAACUUAAUAGCUCCCGACUGAUUCCUCUCUUGCAACUGUCCUUAGUCUAAUACUAGCCUUACCUUUUGUGUCACUUUACCCCACUCCCUCUAGCAUGUAAGCUCAUUGAGCAGGACUCUCAUCCCCUCUGUUACUGUGUGUCCAAAUUGUCUGGUUACAACUACAUGUUUGUUCGUCCACCCACUGUAAAGCGCUGUGGAAUUUAUUGGCGCUAUAUAAAUAAUAACAUAAUAAUUAUAUUUUUUAUAAUUUUUUUAUUUUUAAUUUUUUUUUAUUAUUUUGCAGAUGCAAGGCGACUUCCUGUCAGUUCAGGCAGUCCCCCUGCAGGCAGAUUCACGGAUGCCUAUUGCGGCCAUGUGACGGCUUUGUUAGAGCGAUCACAUAGUUGUAGGGGCCUAAUUCGCAGAGGGGGGGACUGCCUGGGCUGUCAGGCAGUCCCCCCAGACUGGGAGCAACGCCAAUCACCGGUGGGGGAACCGCGGCGAUUGGGUUAGUAAAUAUUACCCUUAUGACUGUUCAGGACAGUCAUCGGCCCUCAAGGAGAUUUUUCCAAUGACGGUCCUGAACCGUCAGCGGUCCUUAAGGGGUUAAAGGGAUUCUCUAGUGCCAGGAAAACAAACCCGUUUUCCUGGCACUGUAGAAUCUUGUAGUGCCUCCCUCCAUCCCAUGUUGCUGAAUGGGCUAAAACCCCUUCAGACAUGUACCUGGGUCCAGCUCCGCCCACACUCCUCCCCCGCCUAUGUCCGCCGGUUGUGGAGACAAAAUUCGCGUGCCACGCGUGCAUUAGAGCUCCCCAUAGGAAAGCAUUAUUCAGUGCAUUCCUAUGGGGAUUCUGGCGACGCUGAAGGUCCUCAUGCCUAGCCAGGUCCAACGUCGUUUAGAUGAGUUGUUUAAGAAGCCGGAAGUCUCUUAAGAAGCUGUCUGGUAGACAGCCACUAGAGGAGGACUUAACCCUGCAAGGUAAUUAUUGCACUUUAUAAAAACUGCAAUAAUUACACUUGCAAGGUUAAGGGUGAUAGGAGUUGGCACCCAGACCACUUGAAUGGGCUGAAGUGGUCUAGGUGCCUACAGUGUCUCUUUUAAGGCCAGUGAACAAAUGUCCUUCAUAAUUAAUAUAAUUGAAGUAUGCCGCCUUAUUUGUUGAUCGCCGGUAAAGCAAAACCGAGGACAAAGCAUAUACAAUUGGACAGAGAUAGACCAAUAUAAAUUGUACAGCUUGGCUAAAGACUGAAUUUUGUUUAGUUCAUAUUGUCACUAAAUACAUGUGUAGUAAACCACACAAACGUAGUCACAGGCUCAGUAACAUUGCAGUUUAGAGGUUAUUUAAAAAGCACUGUAGAGUCUUGAUCAUAUUAAGGUCCCGAGUUGAAAGGUUUUUAAGAGCAAAUAUUUAAAAGGCUUCUUUCCGAAGUAAUUCAUGGUCACCACAUCGAGGGGUUACAGGAACAUGGUCUAUACCCAUGAAUCUCAUGGAAGGUAAUGCGUGUCCUGCCUCCAAGAAGUGCCUAGCAACAGGGAUGUUCUAUUCACCAGUGCUUCAUAUCGCAGACCGGUGCCCUUCAUCCUUUUACGGAGGUCAUUCACUGUCUUGCCUAGAUAGACAAGGCCAAAUGGUGACAAUAUUCGAUAUACCGUAUUUCACCACAUGAUAGUCGCAGAUUUUAUACCCAAUUCCUUUCCUUAAAAAUGGGGUUGCAACCAUGAUGUGAAGCUUUAUUUUUUGCGAUAGUCUAUGCGACCAUUUUGCAAAGCUUUGUUUUUUUUUGUUUUGUUUUUUACAGUUGCUAGUAACAUUAUAGUUGCUGAUAACAUAACAUAGCUACUGAGAACAUGCAUAUUUCCUAAUGCAUUACAUAAACUCCGAUCCUAAUCCCUGUCCCCCAUUCUGAUCCCUGUCAUUUCGUAAUGCAUUAAAUUAAAUAUAAUAUCAGUAAUAUGUUAGCUAUCAGUUUGCAAGACUAAGAAUUUCUCAUAGUAAAAACUGCAAUGGUCAGUGAUGCGACUAUUAUGGGAUGAAUUGAAUUUGAACCAAUUUUUGGAUUGAAAAAAACAGUGUGUAUCAGAAUGCCCUUUAAGUUUGCAUUCCUUCUGUAGCUAAUCAGUUGAGGCUGUUGAAAAUAGCUGGAAGUUUUGUCAUUCUGUAGGAUCUUCUAGAUGUUCCUGAUAUACACGGGAAUGAUUUGUUAACUACCACUGAAGCGUUGAGGUAAUGUGAUCCUUGCUGGAGUAGAAGUACUGGUGUCAGUUGCUUGCUCAAAUUUGCUUUUUGCUUUUGUAUAAGACUCUAUCAACAACCCCCCCAGAUGGUAAUCCCUCUCAAGAAACUUGGUUCUCAUGGUUUCAGUUUAUUGCAAAGCAAUAGAGGAGUUAGUUGUUCUAUAUAAGUCAAGUGGUUGCAAGGAGGGAGUGCCAAAAUUAGUCUCUUCAAAAGUGUCCAAACAUUUUCCAAUCGACUCUAGGAAACCCUCCACCUCGCAGAUACAAUUGGGUGACCAGGGGGGUGUCUCACUUUUAUGUAAUUUUGGAAUGGUAAAUGACACCGUAUGUUCCACAAGCAAAUAGUCCUGAAACUUCUGGUAAGGGUUACCUGCACUGUUAUCGUUAAAGCGGCACUGUCGUGCCGAACUUACCUUUCCUCAAUCUCUUCCUCUUCUCCCCCUCUCUCAGGAUCUGUUAUUCGUUUUCCUGGCACUAUAGUGCCCUGAGGGUGCCCCCACCCUCAGGGUCCCCCUCCCGCCCGGCUCUGGAAAGGGGAAAGGGUUAAAAACUUACCUUUUUCCAGCGCUGGGCGGGGAGCUCUCUGCUUCCUCUUCUCCUCCUCCUCCUGGACUGCAAUGUGCAGCGGCAGAGCUGCGCGCGCAUUCAGCCGACAUAGGAAAGCAUUUACAAUGCUUUCCUAUGGACGCUUGCGUGCUCUCACUGUGAAAAUCACAGUGAGAAGCACGCAAGCGCCUCUAGUGGCUGUCAAUGAGACAGCCACUAGAGGAAAUAGGGGGAAGGCUUAACCCAUUCAUAAACAUAGCAGUUUCUCUGAAACUGCUAUGUUUAUGAAAAAAUGGGUUAACCCUAGCUGGACCUGGCACCCAGACCACUUCAUUAAGCUGAAGUGGUCUGGGUGCCUAGAGUGGUCCUUUAAUCUAACUCACUGUGUUAACCUCUACUACUUCAGCUGGAAGGCUAGUCCAUGCAUUCACUACCCUCUCAGUAAAGUAAUACCUCCUAAUAUUAUUUUAAACCUUUGCUCCUCUAAUUUAAGAAUGUCCUGCUGUUUUGGUAGUUUUUCUUUUAUACUCUGCUCAUUUGCAGUGUUGAUUCCCUUUAUAUGUUUAAAUGUUUCUAUCUUAUCCCCCCUGUCUCGUCUUUGCUCCAAGCUAUACGUAUUAAGAUCCUUUAACCUUUCCUUGUAAGUUUUAUCCUGCAAUCCAUGAACCAGUUUAGUAGCCCUUCUCUGAACUCUUUACAAAGUAUCAAUAUCCUUCUGAAGAUACAGUCUCCAGUACUGCGCACAAUACUCCAAGUGAGGUCUCACCAGUGUUCUAUAUAAUGGCAUGAGCACUUCCCUCUUUCUACUGCUAAUACCUCUCCCUAUACAACCAAGCAUUCUACUAGCAUUUCCUGCCGCUCUAUUACAUUGUAUGGCUAGAUUUAAAGGACCACUAUAGUGCCAGGAAAACAUACUCGUUUUCCUGGCACUACAGUGCCCUGAGGGUGCCCCCACCCUCAGGGUCCCCCUCCCGCCCAGCUCUGGAAGGGGGAAAGGGGUAAAAACGUACCUUUUUCCAGCGCUGGGCGGGGAGCUCUCCUCCUCCGAUCCUCCUCCGUUCCUCCCCGUCGGCUGAAUGCUUUCUUAUGGACGCGAGCGUGCUCUCACUGUGAAAAUCACAGUGAGAAGCACGCAAGCGCCUCUAGCGGCUGUCAGUGAGACAGCCGCUAGAGGCUUUGGGGGAAGGCUUAACCCAUUCAUAAACAUCGCAGUUUCUCUGAAACUGCUAUGUUUAUAAAAGAAUGGGUUAACCCUAGCUGGACCUGGCACCCAGACCACUUCAUUAAGCUGAAGUGGUCUGGGUGCCUAGAGUGGUCCUUUAAGUCAUCUGAAAUAAUGAUCCCUAAAUCCCUGUCCUCAGAUGUUGAGGUUAGGACUGUAUUAAAUAUUCUAUAUUCUGCUCUUGGGCUUUUAAGCCCUAGAUGCAUUAUCUUGCACUUAUCCACAUUAAAUGUUAGUUGCCACAACUCUGACCAUUUUUCUAGUUCACCUAAAUUAUUUGCCAUUUGGCUUAUCCCUCCUGGAACAUCAACCCUGUUGCAAAUCUUGGUAUCAUCAGCAAAAACAUACCUUACCAUCAAGACCUUCUGCAAUAUCACUAAUAAAAUUAUUAAACAGAAUGGGUCAAGUACAGAUCCCUGAGGUACCUCACUGGUUGCAAGACCUUGCUUUGAAUAUAUAUAUAUAUUUAUUACACUACAACCCUCUGUUGCCUGUCAUUCAGCCACUGCCUUACCAAUUCAACAAUAUUGAAAUCCAAACUUAAAGAUUGCAGUUUAUUGAUAAGCCUUAUAUGUGCAACAGCAUAAAAAGCCUUACUGAAAUCUUGGUAAGCAAUGUCUACUGCACCACCCUGAUCUAUUAUUUUAGUUACCCAAUCAAAGAAAAUCAAGAUAAUCAAUAAGAUAAGUGUGACAUGACAUGAUCUCCCUGAAAUAAACCCACGUUCUUUCUGAUCUUGAAAUCCAUGUGACUUUAGAUAUUUAACAAUCCUGUUUUUGACAUGGUUUCCAUUACUUUCCCCACUACUGAAGUAAGGCUUAAUGGACUAUAGUUGCACCCCACACACAUACAAUGAAAAAGGUGGAAAUUAUGAGAGAGCAAGGGUGAGCCACACAGGAUAAUUCUCAAGACUCCAAAUUAUGCAAAAUAUAUCCAAAUGUCAAAACUGAGACAUAGAUAGCUGUGUUGUGAUUAGAGCAGAGUUAGAAAAUUCAGAGUUCAGCAAAUAGCCCUGUCAAUUCCCAGGGCUCUUGGCAGGAACCCAGUGUUUUUAAAUGUAAUAAUUUUUUUGUCAGGACAAGUAGGUUGUUAUGACGGGUAGUAGAUUGGGCUACCACUUUAUUCCCUUGGACAAGCACCAUGACCGCAGUGAUUUGAAGUGGUCAUGGUGUCCUGAGUCUGUAUGUGCAGUGUUUUGUUGUGAAACGCAAAAGACACAGAGUUUAAUCACUCUUCUUCCAAAGGUGUAACUCCACCUCCAUGUUUUUCUAAUAAAUUCACCAAUGACACUGCAGGAACAAGGGCUCCUGCUGGAUAAUGUUAAAGGAACACGAUAUCAGGAACAUAAAUAUGUUUUCCUAACCCUAUAGUGUUAAUACCACCACGGAAGUGGCUUGCCUCCCUUUGCCCUCCUUAAAAGGUAAGAAAACUUAUGUUAUUUCCAGCACCGCAUGGCACUGCCAGGGGUGGCUCCGCACACGGUCCGCCACCUUGUCUAACCUAUUGCAUUUCUUGACAUGUAGCAUUCUGGCAAAAAAAUUAUUUAAAGGGAUACAGUAGGCACCCAGACCACUUCAUCUAAUUGAAGUGGUCUGGGUGCUGUGUCCCUUUUGCACGUAGUGCUGCAAUUUAAAACAUUGAACACAAUUCCUUAGAAUUCAUAGGAACUGUACUUAUCUUGACACCUUUCCCACACAGGCCUGUAGGAUUAAAAAUAUUUUUGGACAAGGUUUAUAACGUUAAAACGUUAGAAGAAACUAUCCGGGAGGUUUCAGAUAUAAACAGAAAAUCUUUAUUGUCAUAUACACCUGUAAAGUACACAACCUUCUCUGACUGGCACACGCACACACACACAACCUUCUCUGACUGGCACACACACACACACACAACCUUCUCUGACUGGCACACGCACACACACACAACCUUCUCUGACUGGCACACGUACACGCGCACACACACAACCUUCUCUGACUGGCACACGCGCACACACACACAACCUUCUCUGACUGGCUGCGUGCACACCGCACACACACACACACACACAACCUUCUCUGACAGCGCACCGCGCUGCGCACACACACACACACACACAACCUUCUCUGACUGAGCACUGGCGCACACACACACACACACACACACACCCUUCUCUGACUGGCACACAGCGCACACACACACACACACACACACCUUCUCUGGAAACGUAUACCGCGCCUAAUUUAUAUAUGUGAAAUAUACAUACAUAUAUCUUGAAUAUUCCAAACGGAUCGUAACCUCAAAAAGAAAAGAUUAAGAAACAAAUAAUAGUGCAAUACAGUAAAUAUAUUCUUUGGAGCAGAUGGUAUAAGGCUAAGUUCAAUCCACUCACAUAUGGAUGAGCUAUAACAGAGCUCUGCUGUAAGAACGCCUGGACGGUACAAUCCCCGUCUUUGGAUUUGCAGAAGUUUCCACGAAUAUUUCCACAAUGCAGUGAGCGUAGUAAAUAUGAAAGGAAAAAUAGCAGCAAUAUGGUGAAGUAAGUACUAGUAGUAUGACCAAUAUUAAAUAGUAUUGUACUUACAAUUUCUAGAGCAUAUAUCCUGCUCUAGUAUAAACAGCAUAGGUGGUAUAAUCCCCACCAAGGAUAUGCAGGAUCCAGGAAGUAAAAUAAAAGAUUGGAGUGGAUAUAAAAGUAACUUUAAAAAGUAUACUUUAAUAUAAACAAGCUGAAUAGAAAUAAAAUUUUAUAAAACAUAAAAUGUAGUCCCACUUAACGCGUUUCGCCAGGUUGGCUUCUUCAGAAGUGUGGUAUAAUGUCCAAUAAGUCCGUUUAUAUAUCCUUCUUAAUGUAGAGAUAGUGUCCUGGUGUGCUUACUUCCUGGUUCCGGCUGUUUGCUGACACGCACGUGUCAUACCGGAAGUGACGUAGUGCUCGCGUCCGACCGGAAAUGAUCGCGGCGUCUAUAGUACAAAGAGAUGCAGAAAAAUAAUAAUGUCUAAAUGCCCAGAGGUGUGUGUAACACCAAUGAGUGGUGUGGAUAAAAUUUCAGGCAUCACUCGCCCCAGCCUCCAAUUCUAGAGGGUGUGGGCAUGUUCCAAUGCGAAAAUAAUGCGGCGGCCGCAUAUGCUCUAGAAAUUGUAAGUACAAUACUAUUUAAUAUUGGUCAUACUACUAGUACUUACUUCACCAUAUUGCUGCUAUUUUUCCUUUCAUAUUUACUACGCUCACUGCAUUGUGGAAAUAUUCGUGGAAACUUCUGCAAAUCCAAAGACGGGGAUUGUACCGUCCAGGCGUUCUUACAGCAGAGCUCUGUUCUAGAUAAUGUUCCUGGAUAGCAGACUUAUUUUCACACUUACUCACCUUUUCCCCCCCAAAAAAUAAAAAUAAAUAUUUAUAGACCAGAAAAAAAAAAUAGAAAAAUACAUGCUGUGUUGUCAUAAAUGCCUAUGCGGCUUUUUAAAUUUUUUUUUUUUUUUAAAUGUCUCUUACUGAGAGAGAAACUCUGGAGAACAUGUUCUAAAGAACAAACAGAAAAAGCAGUGAAAAGACAUUUAAAAAAUAAAAAAAAAUAAAGCCUUGUCCGCAUUCAUAAAUAACUUUAUUUAUAGUGCAUAAAAGGUGGCUUCCUCCACAGACCCCGGUUAUGACUCUUGUUUAUGCACAAGCGUACACUAGUGACCUUGCUUCUUGCAUGCCCAGAAGACGAAGAAGGGAAGAGUUCCAUGAGAGGGAAACCAGGCGGUGCAUACAUCUCUUCUUGCCCUCUUGUAUAACUUAAUUUUUUUUAACAAAGAAUGAAUAAUUGGCUUUGUGAAUGUAUUUGGUCUUUUUGUAAAUGACAAUUUAUCUCCGGAGCUAUUGUCUCAUUAUAAUGCUAGGUGAUGCUUGUCCAAUGAAAGAUCCACUGCUUUUCUAUUAGCAUUGUUUAUAGAGCUUCUUUGGACUUGUAGAUCUGGCACAGAACUACCUGCUGAUUACCUCAAAUCUCUAUGCAAUUCAACAAGUUCAUUCUGACUUGCAAUCCUAGUAGGAAAUUAUGAGGGUUAUUUAUAAAAAAUGGUCUUUUCUGCAAAUAGAACAAUGUUGAAAUAAGAGAGUCGGCAAUGCAGUGAACUAUGGGGUUCCACUGGUUUUCAUGGCGAGUAUGCACGGACACACAGAUGUACACCAACGCACACAAAUGUUCACAUACAAACACAAACUGAUAAAACACAGAGCAAUAAAGAAAACACAUAUUGACAACCACCUUCCCGUGGACACUGACUGCACCACUGGUAGUUCUGCUCCUAGAAUGUGGGACAGGUUCGAGGACUUAUUUUUGCUGGGACAGUAGCCCAAAACAUGGGACUCACCCAGCAAAUUUAGGGCGGUUGACAACUACACAUGUUUAGUACUUUAGACCAUGUUUCAGAAAACAAUACUUUUUAACACAAUCACAUAACAUUGCAGCUUUUGAGAGACAUUCAAGGUAUGGGAAAUAGUAUGGAAAGUCCCAGGGACAAGGUACUUUUUUUUUUUUUUUUUUUUUUCUCUAAACUUUAGAAAGGUUUAGGCAACAUUUAACUCAAUAAGAAUCAUUACAUCGUGUUAUCUUAAGGCCAACAGAAUUAUAGGUUGGUAUUUAUAUAGCGCCAGCUUAUUCCGCAGCGCUUUACAAUAAAAGGGUAAUUUACCAAAUGAGACAAUAACAAAAUGUAACAGCAACAAUAGAUAGUUGAGGACCCUGCUCAAACGAGCUUACAGUCUAGAGGAGGUUAGGUAUAAAAACACAAUAGGAAGGGUAUUGAGAGCGACAGCAAAUAGACAUGGUGGGAAAGUGGCAGAACUGGAGGUGAGAGUGGAAUGUGACCCUAUAGGAGAGAGCGAGAGGAAGGUUUGAGAGAUAAGUUACUCUUGGAGGCCAUAAGCAUUCCUGAAAAGAUGGGUUUUGAGGGACUUCUUAAAAGAUUAUAGGUUAAGAGAAAGUAUGACAAGGGUAGGCAGGCUGUUCCAAAGGAAAGGAGCUGCCCGUGAGAAGUCUUGCAGCCGUGAAUUUGCAGUAAGAUUGCGAGCAGCAGACAGGAGAAGGUCACUAAUAGACUGGAGAGACCGAGAGGGGGCAUGCCUAUGAAUCAGUGCAGAAAUGUAAGUGGGGCUAAAGUUGGUUGGAGCUUUAUAGUUAAGGGUUAGUAUUUUAAAUUGACAUCUGUAGGGAACAGGAUGCCUGUGUAAGGAUUGACCUAGGGGUGAGGUGGGAGAGGAGCGACAGGAGAGAAAGAUCAGCCUGGCAGCAGCAUUCACCACAGAUUGUAGAGGGGCAAGACUGCUUCUGGGGAGACCAAUUAGGAGAGAAUUACAAUAAUCGUGAGAGAUUACUAGAGCAUUAACAAGCUCCGUGGCAGCAUCUUGCGUAAGAAAGGGGCGUAUGCAGGCAUUGUUUUUAAGUUGGAAUCGACCGGUUUUAGCAACAGACUGGACAUGAGGCGCAAAGGUGAGGCCAGGAUCAAAAGUGACACCAAGACAGCGAGCUUGAAAGGAUGGGGUGAGGCAGGUACCGUCGAGAGUGAAGGAUGAGGAUCAGUGUUAUAAGGAGGAAAAAUAAGAAACUCAGUUUUAGAGAGAUUGAAUUUCAGAAAGCGGAAGGGCAUCUAAUCAGAGAAAGAAGAAAGGCAAUUGGUGACACGUUGUAGGACAGCCGGGGAGAGGUCAGGGAAGGAGAUAUAUAUCUUGGUGUCAUCAGCGUACAGGUGGUAGUGGAAUCCAAAUGAAUUAAUGAGUUUGCCAAGAGAUGCAGUAUAAAGAGAUACCAAAAGGGACCAAGAACUGAACUUUGAGGGACUCUGACUGAGACAGGACGAGGAGAGGAGGUGCUGUUGGAGAAAGAGACACUGAAGGAGCGUUGCCAGAUUGAAGAGGAUUGAGGAGGGAGUUAGAAUUUAGGAAGUGAGUUAUACGAGCAAAGACAAGUCUUUCUAUAAGCUACCAGUAGUGCAGAGUGUGUGAUAAGGAUGUAUUUCUUACUCCCUCUGCAGCCCACCAUAAUCUGUCAGCUAUUUGGUAGACAGACAUGCCAACUGACUGAAACCUGUUAAAUUGCUAAACUAUAAUGCUUAUUCAGUAGUGUGGAUCACUGGGAACUGAAAGUGAAUUUCAAAUUGUAGGCAUCUGAGACUUUAUCUAGAUUGGCUGUUCUGGGCCAUAAAUUAAACAUUCUAUUUGCGUUCCCUACAAUCCAUACUUUAGACUAGAGAAUUUUGAGUUUUAAACAGAAUUACAAAAUUUGUGGCAACAGCAAGUGUUUUAGAAAACUUUGCCUAAAAAGAUUAUAACUCAACUAUGGUCACAGCUGGACUAUUUUUGCCUUAAAAAAAGAAUACGAACCUUUAUUCCUAAUACUAUAGUGUCCCUAAUUUUGUAGAAUGAGUUACCAUGGCAAUGCUCCGCGCGACACACAGGCCGCGAGAGUUAGGCAGGAAAGCUGAAGGGAGCUGCUGGGAAGGUAAGAGUGUGCUGUGCCCCCCUGCAGAGCCCACACCACCAGGGAAUACCAUAUCACCCCUCCCUGUCUAGGUAAGAAGCAGGGAGGGGGGGACUAAAACAUAAUAAAAUAAAAAAAUGCCCCACCCCUUCUCCCCCCAAUUUUACAAUUUUACACACUUAACAUACCUACACAAGCACACACUACACAAAUACACACACUCUGCAUUCAUUAUAUACACACUACACAAACACACACUCUGCAUUCAUUAUAUACACACUACACAAACACACACUCUGCAUUCAUUAUAUACACACUACACAAACACACACUGCAUUCAUUAUAUACACAUUACACAAACACACACACUGCAUUCACUAUACACACUACACAAACACACACACUGCAUUCACUAUACACGCACACUGCAUUCACUAUACACGCACACUGCAUUCACUAUACACGCACACUGCAUUCACUAUACACACACACUACACACACACACUACGCACACUGCAUUCACUAUACACACACACAUAUUCUUGAAAACAAAAAAUUCUGACUGGCAUGUUUAUUUUGUGCAUUUAACUUAAUUAAAAAAAUUAGCAAAAAAGAAAUAAACAAUUUCAGUUAACGGUAGAUUUGUGGAAAUGCUUUAAAUUUUUUUUUAAACGGUAAACGUUCAGAGUAUCGGUAAGUUAUCGGCUAUCGGCCUGAAAGUUCACAGAUUAUCGGUAUCUAAAAAAAUCAAUAUUGGUUGAUUCCUAAUAUUUACAACUGCUAUAAACUAAAGUCUGAAAAUGUAAUUAUAAAAUAAGUAGGCACUAAAGGUAUAUUUGCAAAUAAGGGGCUGGGUUUAAGUAUGUAAGAUCUGAGAUUACUUCCUCUAAAUUCUGCAAUGUGUAAAUUGAGAAUUGUACCUCACCACCUGCAAUCACCGCCCAGUUUCACUAGCAGAUCUGAAGUCCAACUGUUUGGCUCUGGCAGCCUUGAGUGCCGUGCAAAGCCACCUUGAGUGUCAUAGUUUGAUAACCCCGGUUCUAGAAGAAUAUUUUAAUGAAAAACCUUACAGAUGUAUACUGUCUAUUGUGAGGGCUCAUAGUGUACUAUUUCAUUGAACACAAAGGGUUCUUGUGCCCAGAUCUUGUCCAACAGAUUUGUAUUUGAGUUUGUUAGCUAAUAUUUAUAAUGUGAUUUAUAAAAUUAAACUUUAGCUGUUAACUAUUAAAAACAAGGUAAACAGCGCUAGAUGUUCAAUGUUCAAGUUACGUAUGUAAAUAAAGGAGAGGGCAGUAUCCAGAGAUAUACAUCUUAAAGAGAAAGGACACAAUAAUAGUGCAGUAUGUUAUCACAUUUGUGCAAGUAUUAGAGUAGUGCCAAAAGAACACUCACACUUUGUAGAGCUAUAUAAGCUCUAUUUCGUAAGCCUGGAUGGAAUAAUCCCUGUCUAAGGAUUUUUUUGUGAAUAUCAGCUUAGCUUGACUCUCAGGUAGGUAAAGGGUCACCAUAUAAAAAGGAGAUAAAAAACCCCAAAUUGUAUAGUAUGUAGAGUCGCAGUAAUGUAAAAAGGAUAAAACCUACUUACAUCACCUAGAGCAAUGACCUGCUCUAGUGUAUAGCACCUUAGGUGGAACAAUCCUUACCUUGGGAUAUGUGUGGAUCCGGAUCAACAACAAGAAAUCUGGAAAUAAGGUAAGUAUAUACUGGACUGGGUAUAUAUAGUAUAAAAAGUACUUUAUUAAUAAAACAGGAUAAGUAAAAUAAACACAGUGGAAAAAAUUUAUAUAAAUAAACCAGUCUAAUGUUGUAGUCCUCACUCCUCCUCACGCGUUUCUCCAAAACAUUUUCAAAAGUGGAUGCUUGCAGAUUGGGUCUCUGUAAUUUAUAUGGUCUUUAAAUGAUGUCCGAUUCCGGUGUGUAGCUAUUUCCGGUUUUCGGAAAUAGUUUCAUUGUCAUUUUCGGUUCUUGUAUGUUGUAAUCGUAGUGCGAGCGUCACUCGUAUGUGACGUGUGCGGGAGACCUCCGGGCGUACCGUCUUGGAUUCGGGUGGAGGUUCGGUGUAAAUAUGUAAAAAAAAAAAAAAAAAUAUAUAUAUAUAUGUGUAUAUAUGUGUAUAUAUGUAUAUAUAUGUAUAUGUAUGUAUAUGUAUAUAUGUAUAUAUAUGUGUAUAUGUGUAUAUGUAUAUAUAUGUGUAUAUGUAUAUAUAUGUGUAUAUGUAUAUAUAUGUGUAUAUAUAUGUAUGUGUGUGUGUGUGUGUGUGUGUGUGAAUGAGAAAAGCCAGCACUCUAGGUCUUGCAAAAAAACUUCUCAGGUUUAUUCCAGCAAUUAGUCAACGUUUCAGUUCUAUCAGAACUUUCCUCAGGACAUAAUUAUUUAUGUCCUGAGGAAAGUUCUGAUAGAACUGAAAUGUUGACUAAUUGCUGGAAUAAACCUGAGAAGUUUUUUUGCAAGACCUAGAGUGCUGGCUUUUCUCAUUCAUCUAUCUAUUGUGCAGCAGAACACCAGGCAACAUUUCAAGGAUAGCUGGAGUGCAAAAUUGUUUGGUAUUGUGUGUAUAUAUACGUGUGUGUGUGUGUGUAUAUAUGUGUAUUAUAUAUAUGUGUGUAUAUAGUAGUGAAUAGUAAAUGGUUGUUCUAUGAGCAAAUAUAUUGAAUAUGGGCAUAAUUCUGUCUCGACAUUGUGGAAAAAACAUAAAAGCGGUGGUCAUGCAGCCAUCUUUGACAUUGGCAACUGCCUGGAACAUAAAUUAAAAGUAUGUAAAUAUGUAGUAAAUAUGAUUAUUUGAGAUGCCAUAAUUAAAUUUUUUGGAAUAAUAUAUUUAACACCCAAAAGGAAAUUAAAAUGUUGUUAGUCUAAAUUAAGAACAAAUUGUAGUCCGCAAGGGCAAUCUAAUAAAUAGACAAUAUUUUUACUGUUACAUGUGAUUGUGUCCUUAAUUGUGUCCCAUCAGCACUUGUGACCACUCCUCCUUCAUCGACGUCUGCUUCCGAGUGGAGCCGAAUGCUCAUGCGCGGCCCGAGGCCCGAUCGCUUUUAAACCCGCCCAUAUGAAAGCAUUACUCAAUGCUUUCCUAUGGGGAUCUUUUUUGACACUGGAAUCCGUGAAUCCAUUUUUGACACUGGAAUCAGACCACUUAAUUGAGCUGAAGUGAUCUGGGUGCCUAUAGUGGUCCUUUAAUUUGUUUGUUUUUAUUAUUGCAGUCAAAUAUAAAUGGGAGAGUAAAUUUAUUAUUUUUAUGACUUUGUGGAGCUUUUUUUGUUAAUAGUUCUCUAUUAGUUUUACUUGUUUGUUCUAUCACAUCAGCUAUACUUGCUUUUAUGAGAUAGUGAGCGCUUGUUCUUCAAUUUUGUUUUUGUAUUAAGUAUUUUGUGAACAGGCUGUAAAAUCCCAGUAGUGUGUUAUCUGUCCUGUAGGGGCUAUUGAGGCUUAUUGUCAUUUUUGUUUUAGUUCCAGUUUGCCAUGACUUGUGAUUGCUUAAAUAUAAGAGUUGAGAAUAACGUAUAUUUGUAAUUAUUUAUUAUUCAGAUCCAAGGCAGAGAUGCGCCACACUUGCCGUGGCACUAUAAAUCUCGCCACAGCCAACAUCUCUGUAGAAGAUUCAUGUAACUUUGUGAUUUCCAAUGGUGGGGCCCAAACAUAUCACUUAAAGGCCAGCUCUGAAGUGGAACGCCAGAGAUGGAUCACUGCCCUGGAGCUUGCUAAGGCCCGUGCAGUCAAGAUGCAGGCAGAGUCCGGUAAGCUUGAUGAAGAGGGAAACUAUUAAUUGAGGGAAAUAUCAGUUCAGUGGAGCUGAUAUUGCCAGUAUAUUGAAGUGAACAGUAGUUAAUGUCACAUAUAAACACCAUACUGUAAUUUGUAUUUUUUUCCCUCUUAAAUAGACCCCGUAUAGAACAUUUCUGAAUUGUUCAUCCCCAAUAAUUUUUAUUUCUUCUUUUAAUGUAAUUUCCUCCCCCCCCCACCCCCCCUUUUUAAUCCUCUCUUUCACCCAGAUGAGUCAGGAGAUGAGGACUCUGCUCAGACAGACAAAGCUGAGGUACACAGCACACUCCGUGCUCUCUCGGGUAAAGUGGAAGAUUUGGGUACGUGCAAUGACCUAAUUGCGAAGCAUGGAACAGCCCUACAACGAUCACUGAGUGAACUGGAAAGCCUGCGCUUACCCCAGGACAGCUCUGACAAAAUCAAACAAGUCAACGAGCGAGCCACACUCUUCAGGAUCACCUCCAAUGCCAUGAUAAAUGUGAGAAGGGAAAGGGAGGGGAGAAACAGUAUUUAUUCAGGAUUAAUGCCCAACACUUGAAACACAAGAGACGAGGGCACUAAAGAAGGUAAAACACUGAGGUGUUCUACUGAAAAGAAAUAGAAAGCUAAACGGAAAUGUAUAUAAAAAUAAAUAUAAAUAUAUAUAUAUAUAUAUUUUUAAUGGUAAUAUGAAUAGGUUCCAAACACUUGUAGACUUGCCAGCCUUUCUGCUUUCACCAAGCGUAAUAUCACAGUCACAAGUAAACUCCAAUUUUGAAAAGAAGAUUUUUUUAAAAAUUUUUAAUUAUUUAAGAGAGACGUAAUACAUCAAAAUCAGGACUUUUUUUAAAUGUAAAUAUUUUAUUUAGAAAAACAGUACAGAAGAUGGUGUUUUACACUUCCUCUGAAAUUCUUUAUAAUGGAGAUAAAUUUAUAGAGAACAUAUGAUUACUUUUAUAGUUUUAUAAUGAGGAGAACAAAGACAACAAAACAUUUUUAGACACCGAGAAUAAGGAUGAUGUAAAAGGAGCAGGGAGACUGGUCGUAGGCUUGAGGAUCAUACCUGCUUACUUAAUCAUACCUGUCUUCAAUGGCUCUUUUAAGCAACCCCCAGGAGCUCUUCUGUUAGCUCCUUUCUUCUCGCAUAACAAUCAGGCAGUCACAUGAAGUGCUGGGUAGCUCAUUUUAAUUUUUCUCCAAGCACCAGACAAAACUUAGUGAAGGGAAAAACAAUGUAUAUUUUAUUGGACACCAGUUUAUAUAGAAAAAUAGAACAACCAGUAACUUGAACUAGCAACCAAUAACAUGUUUAAUUAAAUUACACAUACACCUAGUGCCAGACUCUCUGAGCUGAACUAACCUUAUCAAACCGGUAGGGCUGUACCGAUUUAAUUGCAAUUACAAAUAACUCCAGAAACCUUGACGCAAAUAGUUAUUAGAAAAUAACUAUAAACUGCACCACAGCAAUACCAUUAUAUGCACACUUGGUCUUUUGGUGGCAAACCCAUAGUAUGCGCAGAGUCAAUUUGGAGUUAUAGCAGAGGGCCCAUAAUGUCCAGGAAGGAGGCUGGCCUCCAAGAUCUUCCAUACUCUGUUAAAUUAGCAUCAGAUAACAUGGGAGUUCCAUUGAAAGGUGAGGAAAUGUCGAGGAUUUCGUAGUUCUCAAUAGUAGAAGCAAAACAAUUGUCAUAAAAUUGCAUUUUCAAAAAGGUUAGUUAUCUACAUCUAACUUGGCUCAGCAAUACUCAUACUCACUGUGGGGGGGAGCAGUCUUAUGCAUUGCAAAUAUGGCGGAGUUCUUAAAUGAACCCAUCUUGGAGGUCUGCACACAAAGCAACAAAUUAUGCUAAAAAAGCAGUAAUGCAAAAUUUUAAAUUUUCCAUAGCUGAUUCUCAGAUUGGAUAUUUUUCCAAAAAUUCAAAGAUGAUUACAAAGGUAUUUACAUAUGCACAGUGAAUCCUAAUGCAGUGUGUAAUUUACUCACAUCUGCAGUAGCAAGAUUGGCUAUUACUGUCCAGUUCGUAAGACCCUCUUUAUAUCCCUAAAAUCCCAGCUUUUACACUUUAUUACAGUGAAUUUCCUAAUCAUUUUUACACUCUGUGAUACACAUCUUUAUACCUCUAAGCCAAAUAUCCAGCUUUAAUUCCAAACUCCAUGAUGCACCAUGGCUAAUUAUUGAAAUAAAUUUUCAUGCUUUGUUUACCUUCAUUUAAAAAAAUAAAUAAAUUUUUUUAUGAUGCAUUCCUUUUUCUAAGGCCUGUCGAGACUUUAUGUCUCUUGCGGAGAGUCACAGUAAACGCUGGCAGAGAGCUUUGCAGUAUGAAAGAGACCAGAGGCUUCGUUUGGAAGAGACGCUUGAACAAUUGGCAAAGCAGCAUAACCACCUGGAGCGGGCAUUCCGUGGAGCCACUGUGCUGCCAGCAGAGACCCAUACUGGGGCCUCCAAAGGUGAGAUUCCAGAGUUUCUCAAGUGUCUCCUCAGACUAAUAUUUGUUUCACAUGCAUUUACACAAUUUUUGACACAUUCAAAAUGUUUCCGUUGUUCUUUCUUAGACCCCUGCGGGGCGGGGAAAGGGGACCUCAGUGAUGAGGACGAUGAGAAUGAAUUUUUUGAUGCCCCAGAAAUUAUCAGUAGUUCUUCACAAGAUGGUCUUGGGCACAGGUGAGAAUGGAACAUAUUUUGGUAGAGAUUAUGCUAAUAAUAAGUUAAGAAAAUAAAUGUGUUUAGUCAAUCUCUUUAAGUUAAAACAAUCGUCAUACUUAUAUUUCCAUAAUACUCGUGUAUCAAAAAUUAAUACAUUUGCAAAGGGGAAUGCAUACAAUACACUCUGUUAAAAUCAAUUGAAUUAAUAUAUUCUGAUACCUUAAAACUAGGCAAAAUUCAGAUGAGUUUGAAACCAUAAAUAGGACAUUUUCUAAGAUGUUUAGAAAUUUCCAGGUGCUAUGUGUACAUAUGAAGACUCAUUGAAAGGACUGGGCUACAACAUACAAAGUUAACACAAAAACUAGGACUAUUUCACAUUCGAGCUAGUCUCAUUGGACUUGGGCAAUGCACCUAUGUCUCCUCACUCCCAAAAUAUAUACCUGACAGAAAUGUGAGGGUGUCAAAGGCCAUUAAGACUGUAAUGUUAAAACUGGUGUUCAAGGUGAUUCAACAUUUGAAGUAAUGAAAAAAGCCUAAUUCUGCAGAAAUGCUUUUCUAGAUUCAGUAGAGAUGUUUUGGGCUCAAGUUUAUCCUCAUCACCAAAGAAAGGGAUGUGUAAGUAGCUUUACAACAAACAAGACUAGUGUGUAUUCACUGAAAUAAAUAAAUAAAUAAAAAAAAAAAAAAAAAAAUAUAUAUAUAUAUAUAUAUAUAUAUAUAUAUUCUCAAAUGUGAGGAAAUGUAGCAAGCAUUUGUAAAAGUGGCUGUGAAGAUGGCUUAUUUACCACUGCUACAUUUUUUUUUUCAAAUCCAUAAUUUUUUUUAAAAUGUGGAUCAUUGUUAGACAUCUGGGUGAAGAACUUGAUGAGAGCAACAUAUUGAGCAACAUGCCCCUUACUCCAUUACUGUGGUGACCGUUCUGCUUCAUCAGUAUAAAUACAACUACAUUUGUUAAUCUAGCGUUAGUUUACUAUAUGUUAAACAGCCUUUAUUUCUCUAAUGUUUGUAAAAAAAAAAUAUAUAUUUUUUUUAAUUCUUAAAAAUUUUGUUCUUGGUGGGAAAACCCAUAAAUGCUUUUAAAAAUGUAAAAUAGAAAAACAGCUGCAAAAACAAACAUUUAUGAAUUGUCUCAAAAAAUAAAAAAAAUCUUGCCUUUUGCAGGCGUUCUGGAAGUAACAUAAGCACAGCGAGCUAUGAUAUAAUGGAGGAACACGUAAGCAUUUGAAUUCUGAAUUAAAGAUGCAACCUCUAAGGCAGAGCAUACAUGUAUGCUACAUGUAUCUCAUGGAGUGAUUGUGACAGGGCUAGAGAGUAUAGUGUGUGUGUGUGUUUGUUUAAUUGUGGAUAACAUGUAUGGCAUUGGGUCACGCUGACUAGAGGUUUGCAGGCAAAGAAGUAAAAACCUGCAGAGCACCAUAAGAAGCUCCUUAUUGGUGGAGCCUAUUCUUUGUCUGGGUUGGGUCAGCCUCCUGUUUCCGCUUGUAGCUUGUCAGCAUUCAUGCAAUGUGAAUUUAGAAGAGUAUCUUGUGAUCUCAAUGUUACAGUCUCUGUCUACCUCUUAUACCUGCUAUUAUCUAUAUAUCCCUGCAUUUAAAUGACAACUGUAAAAUUUACACUUUUCAUUUGCUAUGUUUAUAACAUUUUAUGAAAUGUAAUGUUUAGUUUUUUGUUGGUUUUUAUUUUUUUAUUUUUUUUAGCAAGUUUCAUUUCUUCACAAAAAUGCAAGGAUAAUAAAAGCAACUAAAUGCUCAGUGGUAAAACAGUGAUGGGGGGGAGGGAGAAACCUCAAGUACAAAAUCUAACAAGUAAAAAUUUAAAUUAAUACUGCGUUAUUUGUAAAUGGUAGAAAGGCCAAAAGGUCAUCAUGGUCUUGAUGUAGUGAUUACCUGUGAAGGGACGCUCAAACUUAACCUACUAAAAACUGUAAUUUCCUGACGUAAGUUGUUUGGCAUGCAUAGAGCAAAUGUGAUGGAAUAGUGACUAUGCGAGUAACAUAAAUCCAUAACCAGCUUCUGUAAAUGCCAGGGUUUUGUCAAAUGUAUGUUGAUGGUGGGUACAAGUAGAACAUUGUUGAAAUUGAGAUCGGGAUAGCAUGACUGCUGUGAGAUUAUCACCCCCUGACCGGCACCUGAACCUUUAUCCCAGUACCGGGGUUUGAAAUCUAUCGUAUAUGAGUGUAAUGGUUAAUGUACCUAUCUUGGUAACCAAGAUGGUCUCUAAGAGAGAGACCUGGAAAGUACACCCUACAGAGAUAGGACAAACAGAUUACUAUGAAGCGUGCGUAGAUAAUAGGGAAAGUGGAAGGAAGGCCGUAACUCCACUUACCCUUAGAAAGGUGCGCGUAUUUCACUGUAAGGGAAAAACCUGACUGUGACCUAUGAGUAAUGUAAAUCUGAUAUCUAUAAACAGAGGAGCAACGUACAAGGUUACAGUAGCCAGUAAAGAUUAGUGAGAACAAAUGAGGUACUUCUAUACAAACGUAACAACCAACUUGAGAGAAGUCGACUCCCCUUAGACAGAAAAUGUAGAGAAAGAACGUAAAUGAUCAUGAAAACAUAACUUGAUUGAAAUGGUAGAAAGUAUACGUAGGGUGCACCAUGUGUGGGUCAAGUAUAAAGGGCCAAGACACUUGACGUCCUGAGAAUAGGGGUUUUUGCGUACCCGAUAGGAGUGGUAAGGCUGAGUGAUAAGUGAUCGAUUGAACCUAACCUGUCAAGAUAAGCGUAGCUGCAAUGAAGGACUACUUACCUGUAACGUGGGUAGUAUAAAAUGGUGAGACUUGGUGACAGUGAAUUAUAGGUGACCACUAAAGGUCCAAAUUGAAAUACCUUAUAAAAGCAAGAGGAGUACAUUGUACAUUGAGAAACUGGAGUCUGUUGAACACGUGCGCCAUACUUAUGAUGUUAUGUUAAUAUUUAUAGAGCGCCAACAAAUUCCACAGCGCUUUACAGUGGGUGGACGAACAGACAUGUAGUUGUAACCAGACAAGUUGGACACACAGGAACAGAGAGGUUGAGGGCCCUGCUCAAUGAGCUUACAUGCUAGAGGGAGUGGGGUAAAGUGACACAAAAGGUAAGGAUAGUAUUAGUCUAAUGACAAUUGCAAGAGAGGAAUCAGUCGGGAGCUAUUAACAGUUUAACUGAAACGCUUUUAUGAAGAUGUGGAUUUUUAAUGAUUUUUUUGAAAGAGUGGAGACUGUGUGAGCAUCUAGGACAGUGAUGGCGAACCCAUGGCACGCGUGCCACAGGUGGCACGCCGUGCCCUCUCUGUCGGCACGCGGCCAUAGGUUCGCCAUCAAUGCAGAUUAGGCACCUGCCUGCCCGAAAUGGCAGGCGCCUACUCUGCUUCCGUGUCGGGAGGCAUGGGGAGGGAUCUGUGAAGCAGCUCCCCUGUCCUCCCGCGAGCAAGCUGUGUAGAGCGUUGCCGCGCGUUACCAUGGCAAAAAACCACACAGCAUCGCGCGGGAGGACUGGGGAGCUGCUCCCUAUAGAACUUACCACCACCGGACCACCAGGGAUGGCUGUGCCCCCCCACCCCCCCCUUCAUUAAAGGUAAGAUUUACCUCCCCACACACACAGUACCCCUACCCCGACAAAGCACCCCUAACCCCCACACACACAGUACCCCUACCCCCCACACACACAGUACCCCUACCCCGACAAAGCACCCCUAACCCCCACACACACAGUACCCCUACCCCCAACACACAUACACAGUACCCCUAUCCCCACACAGUACCCCUACCCUCCCACACACAGUACCCCUAGCCUCCCACACACAGUAUCCCUACCCUCCCAUACACAGUACCCCUACCCUCCCAUACACUGUACCCCUACCCUCCCACACAGUACCCCUAACCCCCACACCCCUAACCCCCACACAGUAACCCUAACCCCCACACAACCCUAACCCCCACAACCCCCACACAGUACCCCUAACCCCCACACAGUACCCCUACCCCCAACACACACAGUACCCCUACCCCAACACACACAGCACCCCUACCCCCAACACACACAGCACCCCCCACAGCACAGCACCCCUACCACUCCACACAGCACAGCACCCCUCACACACACACACACACACAGCACCCCACACACAAACACAUACACUGCACCCCUAAAUGCAGUAUGUGUGUGUGUGUAUUCAGCGGACUCUGUGUGUGUGUAUUCAGCAGACUGUGUGUGUAUUCAUCAGUCUCUGUAUUCCGCAGUCUUGUGUGUGUGUGUGUGUGUGUGUGUGUGUAUUCAGCAGACUGUGUGUGUGUAUUCAGCAGUUCAGUUCUUUUAAAACAAAAGUUGUUAAUUAGUUCGGACAACUGUACGAGUUGUUUUUUCUAAACGUAAACCUCAGUAUUCAGGUUUAAUUGCCGUGUUGGCACUUUGAGGGGAAAAAAAAGUUGGCAUGUAUUGCUGUUAGGGCACUCGGGCUCAAAAAGGUUCGCCAUCACUGAUCUAGGAGGAAAGUCCAGAAUUUUAAAAUGAGCCAUAUAUCUUACAGGAAGCCAAUGUAGGGACUGACAGAAUGGUGAGGCGUGGGAGGUGCGGGCGGACAGGAAGAUGAGCCUCGCUACAGCAUUCAUUAUGGACUGUAAUGGCGCAAGUUGGGGUAAUACUGGGGUAAUACUGUUGAAAAAGGAAGAUUAGUAUAAGUGACUAGAAUUAACCCGGUGACUUACAUACAUUUAACAGCAUAGAACAUGAGCUUAAACCCUACAUAAAUUAUGUAGUAAAUAAAAUUCUAAUAAAGAUUAAACUCUAGAUUGUAUGUGAAUUGUAAACCUGUAACAAGACCGUAUUUGUUGGCGGGUAAUUGCCCAAUACGUAGGCCCGUGUUGGCCUAAUAUAAAUUUGGGAUAGCACAGAGAUGGAUAAGUGAGUAGUGGUAUUGGAGAGGACAGAAAUUUUUGUUAAUUAAAACAAUGUAAAUGAGAACAUAUGGUGAAAGUGUUUAUGUGGAACAUAACACGUGUACAGAUAAUUUUGGCAGUAUUGUCAACAUGCUAAAAACUUAUUGGAAGAAAACCAAUACCAACAAUCCUUACGUAACGAACAACUAAAUCUAGAGCAAAACCUUAAUUUGCAGAAAAACUCCUAUGUAGAGAUGGCGUUAAAUGUGUACGGUGAACGUAUAUACCAGUUAAAAUGUUGUUUAACCGAGUGUAUGUAUAUACCAAAGUUUGAGCCUGACAUAACUUUAAUCCAGUCUGCUGUGACACCUAGCCAUAUAGGGGACUAAUUAGAAUUCCGUAGAAGUCGAAAUGGCUAAGAGAGGACCUAAUACUCUCUGUGGAAAAGGUAUCACUGUGAUGCUAUGAAUGACUGAAAUAGGCUGAUUACUAUAGUGAGUUAACUUAAUUACUGGCGUGAGCCGCUCUAGGGCAUGACCAGCUUGUUCGGGGUAUAUGCAGCCUUUUCAGCCGUGGCCGGAAAGAUGCUGCUUUCAUGACUUUAAGCUCAACCGCCAAUUUUAAGCAGGGCCUUGGGAGUGGCGGGGACAGGGGAUUCUACGGGUUGGAGUGACUGUUAGAGAUAGAACGUCACCUGGAACUAUUUCUUGCAGCAUCCUGUAAGGAAUUAAUGAGUUAACCAUGCAAAACUUUGAUGCAAAUUGAAAAUAUCCCUUAUGUUGAGCUGGCUCGCUAAUUAGUGCUGAUUGGCGAAGAAAUUAACUACCCAGUGACCGGUGAGGCCGUACUAGUUGCCGCGAGAGGCUCUUCCUAUGAUUUGGGCCGUGUUGGCUUGUAGCUACGAUGCGUUAUAGCAAGGUGUUGGCCUCUCGGUGACCAUAAAUAUGUGUGGCCGUAAAGUGAGUCCCUGACUAUGACCCUGCAGAAGAAUAUGCAAGGCACUAACUAGGAGUGUUGGCCUCGCGGGACUCGUAUGUUCGAUUAUUUUAGACUAAAGCCAGCUCCUAUCCCUAAAAGCCAGGUCUCUUACCCUAGGCGGGGCUUAUCUCUUUGUGAAUGAGCGUAAACAUACGUGCGUGAACAAACGGAUAGAAUCAGAGAGAGAAGGACUGGAAAAAAUAUACCUGAUGAAACUGACGAUUGUUAUGUAAACCGAAAAAUAGAAGGGAUAUACAGUGACUAACAGAAGGGAAAAAAUUUGCUCUUAAUGAGCGGAACAUGAAGAGGAGAGUCUGAUUGUGGUUUAAAUUUAUAGAUGAUAUGUGUCUGUAUGAUAAAUACAUUAUAAUAGUUUACCUGUUAGGCUUGGGAUCGCAAAUUGUCUGUAUCCUAAGUCAGGGCUUGCCAAAUUUGCUUUAAAUAUAGGAGACUGCUAAAAGUUAGGAGACAGUUUUCUUUUCCAACAACAAAAAAUACAAUUCUUAAAGGAACACUAUAGUCACUAGAACCACUGUAGUAGACAUGUGCAAUUCGUUUUUAUUCCGAAUGUAAAUUCAGACAAAUUUUGGACAUUCGGAUGCUUCUGAAUUUCUGAAGUGCCGAAGUGCUUUGUCAUUCUGAAAAGUGGCAAAACGAGAGGGAGGGAAAAUUACAUGAAUGAUGACUGGAAUCUAGUCCUACCCCUAAUCCUAGAUGUGUAAGUGGUUAUGGUGGUUAGGGGUAAGGUUAGGAUUAACGUUUAGGGUUAGGGAAUUAACUAAUUAAUUAAGUGCCGAAUUUCAGAAGUGCCAAACCGAAUAUUUUUGACCAUGCACAUCCCUACACUGUAGCUCAAUGUAAUGGCUCGAAGUAUUUUUUUUUAUUUGAUACACACAGACUAAUGCACAUACAGAUUUAUAUACACACACGGAAAAAAAAUACAUAUAUUACCAUCUUCUUACCUACUUUGUGGGAGCAGAUUACAGUGGGGCUGGAUGCGUCUGAUAGGUUUGGGCUGCCGCUGAUCCAGACUCCCACCCUCCUGUUUCUGUAUCCCAGUGCUGGGAGGAAGUGGAAGGAACUUAACUACUUUCUCCCAGCGGUAAACUAGCAGAGGGGAAUGAGCGGACCGGCGUGCGGGCGGCUCUGCCGAAGGAGCGGGCGUGCAGGCGGCUCUGUAGAAUGGGGGGUCGGUCAGGCGUACAGCUCUGCGGCUCAGCUUGUCCUUCUCCUGUGCCGUCUCAGCGCCGGGAGGAAGUAGUUACAGUUCUUCUCGGUGCGCAGAGAUAGUGAGACAGGAGGAGGAGGGGACGAGCUGACAAAUCCAAGGCACCAGGAAAAAAUUCUUAGCAGCCAUGACGACCCGGCGCCUGGGAUUUGUCGAGCCCUGUCAUAAGAUUUCUAUAGGUGUAAAAUCUAGACAGAAAAACAGCAUGACAGAAAGUCAAUAUCCCUAUGGAUAUCUUCAAACGUAAAGUAACAUAGUAAAACGUAUGUAAUAUUAAUUUGCGUGACGUGAGAUUGAAUACGCACGGUCAGGUGUGCAGAGACAAGCACCUUGUAAAUGUUAAGGGUUUGACUUGUAUUUGGUGGUCAUAAUAAAGUCAGAGUGAGGCCUCGACAUUUGAUUUAAAACAAGUGGGAAACUCUAGCUUACCAUAUCUUUUAGUAGACAUGCUAAUGGAUUACACCUGAAUCGCAUUCGUAGUGAUUGACGUAGACGUGUUUGAUUGGUAGCCCAUGUAUUUGAAACAUACCUAUUGUAAAUGUAACAUCAUAUGACGUUUGAAACAUAUUACUGUAACAGGAGGAUGAUCAAUACUAUAAUCUGAAUUGGUACUGAAAUUAAUGAAAGCGUACACCUGGACGGAUUAUACCUGGGAAAAUACGAUAUUUAAAAAAUGGUAUUAAACCUGGGUGUACUGUAAUCCCACUAAUGGGUCGCCAAAGUAAUGCGUAGUAAACACAAAUGAUGAAUUACCAGCAGUCUAAUGGAGUAAUUGUAAAAGCUGGAAAGCAGAUAGUACUACAGAAGUCACUGAAUGAACGUAAACGUAUUGAGGACCUAACGUGGGUCCGAUGAAAUGCCUAAAUAAUCACAAAGUGUAAAGGCAAAGUUAGGCCUUAAUAUACGUGUUUAACGAAAAAUUUAAACGUAAGGAAUAAAAUACCUGAAACAAUUGCUGGAGGAACACCACUGUUAAUGGUUUCUCCAGUAAGUUUGCUACUAAAUUCAUAUGGGCACCUAGAGUACGUGGUGUAAUGGGAGAACAAAGGGAGUACCGAGAUGGGAAAAAAUAUAUCUUGAAAAGGCUUGUGCACUUAAAUAGUGUUUAACCUAGCAUUAUUAUAAACAGGCGUAUGUGACCACCUAGUGCUAUUAUAUCGUAAACUGGGCCAAUUUUAUAAUAGACUAUAUAGCCUAGCGUGCAUAAAUACUUACAAAUGGAUAUGUGAAUUUAAAAUGUGCAGUUAAUGUAAGAACAUCGGUUAAGUACUGAACUGGGAACAACACUGAAAUACGCAGAUGAAGGUAGUGAGCGGAAAAAAACAACAAAAGCAAGUUUAUUUAACCGAACCACAUAUUCAUUAAUAAGUGCAGGAAACAUCAUACCGAAAAGCCUGCACAAAUGGAGUGAAAUUCAGCACCUGCUGAAACGAACAGUGAACCCUGUACCAACAAAUAUGUAUAGUUUAAAAAACAUAUACCACCGGGGGCGCCACAAUCACAAACAUGUGAAUAUAUUUACCAUGGUAUGUUCAUGGGUAUGCAUAUAAGGAGAUAAAAAUAAAAGUAUAUAUAGUGAAGUAACCCUGUACCAAGCCUUAUGGUUUACAAAAAACAUAAGAACUGUGAAAGUAAGAAAAUGCCCAACCGAAUGGUUUUAAACGAAAGCUUAAGUGUCAGCAUCUAGGUACACACACCCUGCAUUCACUAUAUACAUACUACACAAACACCAAGCCGGUGUGUUGCAAAAUGGGAGCCGGGUUGGAUACGCUGAAGGCCGGGUCCAUGGGCUUCUGGUCCGAGCAGUGAAAAAGCGGUCGGAUGGACCGGGAUGGAAGUGCUGGUUGUUGUGUAGGGGGGUUGAGUUUAUAUAGGGAAAACGCCUCCCACAAAUGUAUUUAUAUUUAUAUAUAUAUAUAUAUAUAUAUAUAUAUAUAUAUAUAUAUAUAUAUAUAUAUAUUAUAUUAUAUAUAACUUUUUUUUACUUAUUAUAUUUUCUACUUAGGUUUUUUUUUUUUUAAUAGUUUUACCACUGAGAAUUUAGUUAUCAUUCUUGCUUUUUUUUGUGUAUUAUAUAAUAAACGCAUCUUGCCUUCUAUAUUUUAAUUCUAUUUUACUAGUAGGUAGUAGGUCACCUACAGAGUAAGCAGCUAUUUUAUAUUUUGAUCUAUUUUUGAUACUCCUAUUUUGAUCUAUUUUUGAUACUCCUAGCACUUGUAGACUUAUUUUCAGUAAAUUUCACUUCAUUUGGCUGAGCGACCAUGCUGGAUUAGAUUCUGCUGUUAUCCUACUACUGACUAUGUAUCAAUGUAACUUGCCUGCUGCAUGUUCACAUAGGGCAGUCAUAUCAUCACCUUGUAUGACAGUGGGCAGCUCUGUCUGUGUUUGUCUGCCUGCUGUCUCACCUAAAGCUCCCCCACAUCAUAAGAUGUUGACAGAAAAAUUGUAGGUGCUAUGGAUAUCUGGCUCUUCUAAUUUUGCACAGCCAGUUGGCUUUCACUCUGUUGCCUUCUGCAUCAACACAAUCGGCUUGCUAUUUUCUACUUAUUCUUCUGUUUUCUAUCUCCAUCCAUUGCCUGUACAGUUUUGCAUUCUUUAGCUGCAGUGUAUUUGUCCAGUUAUAUUUCCUUCAGUUUUUUUUUUAAAAACAUCAUACUUCUCAAUAUGAUCUAUCACCUCUCCCAGCAGGUGCGGCCCCCUUCUGAAGAUCUGAGAAGAGAAAGACGUACUCGAAUCCCACACAAACCCAACUACAGCCUUAAUCUGUGGAGUGUCAUGAAGAAUUGUAUUGGGAAAGAACUCAGCAAGAUUCCCAUGCCUGUGAGUACGAGAAGGGCUGCUCUGUCGAUCAUAUCACAUUGUAUAAUACCAUGUAAACAAUCAGGACUGCCAUCAGGGGUUACAGUUCUAUAUGAGCCACUUACCUGGCUGUGAUGUGUUCCCAUUCUCCUACUGUGUGUCAGUGCUGGGAAGAAGUGAUUUUUAACCAGCAUGUGAAGGAAGCAGUGAGGAAGGGAAACAGAGCCUUGUGUGGAGUAGCCCCCAUGGAAGCCACAAACCCACUGCUGAAAAAAAGAAAGUUAGAAACAGGUGGUGUCUGAAAUCAAAUUGUAUUUCAAUAAUUUUGUGAGUGUGUGUGUGGAUGUUGGGUUUAAUUGUGCACUAUGUGUAUAUAUGUGUUGCAACAUGUAUCUGUGUUUUAGCUUGUCUGUCAAUGUGUGUGGCACUGUGCAUCUGUGAGUGGAUAUGGCAGUGUGGUGUUGUUUUUUUUUUUUUUGUAUGUGCAUGUUUCUAGGAAGGCAUAUGUAUGUGCUUGUGUAAGUGCGCGAAUGUUGGGGACUUUGGCUAGUGGUUUGGUCAGGUGCCCUAAGAUUUCUGACAACCAUGUAAACUGUGGUUGUUCUACCCAUAAUUAUUGUGUUUUGUUUUUUUGUUUUGUGAAAAAAAUUGCAACAUGGAUUCUCAACUUCUUGUGUACUCAACUUGUGAAGAUCCCUGGGUUAUUCCAUUACAGGUUUUAUAAUGCAUGUGUAAUGAAUAGUAAACUUUUUUUCUGAGCUGUUCAGGAUAGAUCUAUAAUAAUAAAUAUAUGUAUAUAUUUUGUUUCUAAAUGAACCAUUGAAAAUCACCAAUAACCUGUGUUAAAGGGUUACUCCAACCAUCAUAACCAUAACAGAAUGCUGUAGGUGUACUCAGGUGCCCAUGUUCGGUAAUGGGGCAAAGCGUUUUACAACAGUUUGCCUUUUUACUUCAUCCUGCCUGGCGCUUGGUCUCCUUUGAAGCAGAGUUUAUUACAUCCAGCUUCUCCAAAGCUGGUCUUACACCUCUGGCAUCAAAGUACUUAAACUCUAUAUAUGCAGCGUUUCACAGAUACCACUGCACAUACAGACUCCAGGCAUCAUGAUCACUUCAAAUCACUGAAAUAGUUGUGGUGCCUAGAAUAACUUGAGGAUAAAUAGCAACAUAGUUGUACUUGUACUUUUCUCUGUAUGCUGUUUCUAUGGUGACUGCCAGGGACAAGUAAAGAGUUUAUAAUAAUAAUUAUCAGGAAGCUAAGAUAGACACUAAGUUGCAGGAUAAAGUGUUUUAAUUUUCACUCUUCACAAAUACAUAAAAAAUAUAUCCACUAAGUAAACAUAAUACUAAAAUCCUUGGCAUUUUUACUUUGAAUCUUGGUACAUAGAGAAUCUUUUCAGAACGGAGUAAAAUGUAUCAAUUUCUGCUGGGCAAUCCUAAACCUUUUUACAUUUCUCUUCUAGGUUAACUUUAACGAGCCGCUCUCCAUGCUCCAGCGUCUGACAGAGGAUCUGGAGUACCACACCCUGCUGGAUCGGGGGGCUCAGUGCGAGAGUGCUCUCGAACAGCUUUGUCUUGUAGCAGCUUUCACCGUUUCUUCAUACUCCACCACUGUCUUCCGCACCAGCAAACCCUUCAACCCCUUGCUCGGAGAGACCUUCGAACUGGAUCGAAUGGAAGACAGUGGGUAUCGCUCUCUCUGUGAGCAGGUGUGUUAAUGGGACACUUGUGGGAUAGAAUAAAAUUACUUAAGCCAGAGCAGUUUUCUUUGUGUCAAUAAAAGAUGCUCUUCAGGAAUUGUGCCUCAACCUUCAUGGCUGUGUGAUGUUUAUGUGAAGAAGUACAAUUAUGAUUUCAGGUCCCAUAUACUUAUACUGGUUUUAAAUGCACAAUCCAUGAAUACAAUGUACUGACAGAAUUACAUGUCCAUGUAGAGAUCAAACAGGUUUUCAGAUAUUUUAGUACAUUUUGUCAAUUUACCCCAUCUCUGUGCAUUUCUGUAUUAAUUUGCUGUAGAACAGAACAAUGGUAGCGCACGACUAUUUUAUAAACUGGGCAGAGUCAGUUAAGAACUUGGUCAAUAUUUUCAUUGCAGUUGUACAAACAUAAUCAGUAGAUUUAUUUAUAUAAUCAGAAUUCACUCUGCAUACAAUGUGUAGGCAACAGCUAACUGCUAAUAUUUGAAUGAAAAUGCCCCAGCUGUCAGCAUAAUGUGGCAAACAAAAUCUGCAGACUACUUUAAUGCCAUAUGAUCAACAUACAGUUGCCUGUGUGAGAAAAGAAAUCUACAUAGAAAAAUUGCAAUACCUGAAAUCGCUGGAUGCUUGGUGCCUGCAAUAGAGUGCAUCAACUGCCCCCUGCCCAUUGUUGUUUACCUGGCUCUUUUCUUCAUGAAGCAUUGUGACUCCUAGGCUGUUUGGUGGUGGUUGUGGUGUAACAUCUAGUUUUCUGGGAAACAUUUUAUGCAAGCACUGUCUUAAAGUUUAGACACGAUUAAGUCCCAGAUAUCCAAGAACACUCCUACAGUUAGCUUCAACUUAUAUAAUGGGAGAAAAUAAUAAAUAUAUAUAUAUAUAAUACAGAAUCCAGCGCACUCGCUUAUUCACUAAACAAUGCUUUCAAAAUCUUAGAGAUUGUAAUAGUUUUAUUUAAAAACACCUCACCUAGGCAAAAAAUAAUGGGGGUUUAGUUACAUUAUAUGAUCAUAUAUUGCAUAAGCCUGCCACACCGUCAAUAUACCCCAUUCUAUAUAUAUAUCUAUCUAUCUCUACAUACAGUGAUAUUCAAAAGUUCAUUCACACAUGUGAGAAACAAUAUGUGAUAAUUCAGAUUAAAAGUGUGGAUAUGAUUUUCAAAUAGCCUCUCUCGAGUCAUGGCAACUUCCUGAAGUUUGUGUAUUCAGCAUUCAUGUUUAAAAUGAAGAGACAGGAGAAAAAUAGUACACUAUGCAUAUUGUUAUACUUUUUAAAUAGAAAGCAUUUAAAAGGCUUAUACUGCAAGCUGAGGCUCAUGUGGUACAGGAAUGGCGUCAAACUCUCAUUCUGUACAAAGGUGACGCCGGAAACCUUUCCUUCUGGUUCUGAGCGAAGUGAUCUUUCUCUCCCACGUGGCCCCAAACAACAUUAAACCAGUCUGGCAGGUUUUCAGUAGAAGAAGAAUAGUAUACUAUGCCAUGGGCUUUUUAAAGAAGGGACUCUGAAAGGAAAAGUAUAAUAAUAACGUUAACGGAUGUAGCUUUAAAUUUAAAUGUUAUAUAAUAACAGUAUGAUAAAUAUCACACUACUGACUGUAAUUAAAAAAUAUUACGUUGAGAGUUCACUUGUACAAUAUUGAGGAGCUUGCAUCAUUUACAGUUGUACACUUUAAGUUGUAGUAUAGUAAUAAAAAGGUAUAAAUUAUCGAGGAUAAUAAAAACUAUUUUUAAAGUAAGAUGAAAGUUAAAAAUAUACUUUUUCAAAUCUUUCUUCAUGUGUUUUCAACCUUAUAAAUUUGAUAGCACACGUAAUUAUGGGAAAUUCAAUCAUUUAUCUCUGAAAUAUCACUGGAAAGAAUAAUGUGAAUAAUUGAUAACGUAUUAUUCCGUUUACAUUGUCAUUUGGUUUGUGUAUCACAUGUCAUACAAAGAUAACUUUAAAUUCUUAAAUUUUUUAUUUACUUAAUGGGUUACUCCAAUUACCAUGGCUGUCUCUACUUUUAGAUGCGGCCAUGGUGGUAGAAAUCUGUAUAUGCAGCACUUCAGCUUGAAACGUUACGCAUUCAGAGAAUCUGCACUUUUGUGCUCGGGGCUAACUGCACCCCUGGCACAAGUGACUUAGGCAGUACAGAACUGUGCAAAAUUAAUGUCUGUCGUCAGUGUGCACAUCCCAACAGGCAUAAUGAGCUGUAGUGUUCACUCCGCUCAUCCUUCGGGGCGAUCCCUCCAAUUACUAUUUAUUUUAAAUUUUCUACCCUAACCAGCUCAGAGCACACACCUGCACUCCGGGCAGGUAAAGCUGUAAAAUAAAUUACUUCUCUAUAAAACAUUUGAUUGAACAAUGGAGAGGGAGACUUUGGACAGGAAAGCUAGAGGAAUUCAGCGAGAUGAGCUUUGCAGUAGUUAAUGCAAUACAAAAACAUAAACUAAAGUGCUGUUUUUUUGCUUUAAAGGACCACUAUAGUGCCAGGAAAACAAACUCGUUUUCCUGGCACUAUAGUGCCCUGAGGGUGCCCCCACCCUCAGGGUCCCACUCCCGCCGGGCUGAAGGGGGAGGAAGGGGAUUAAACACUUACCUUUCUCCAGCGCCGCGCUAGAGGCUGGAUUAACCCAUAUGUAAACAUAGCAGCUUCAGAGAAACUGCUAUGUUUACAGCAGAAAGGGUUAAUCCUAGAUGGACCUGGCACCCAGACCACUUCAUUGAGCUGAAGUAGUCUGGGUGGUCCUUUAACCCCUUUAGGACCAAACUUCUGGAUUAAAAGGGAAUCAUGACAUGUCACACAUGUCAUGUGUCCUUAAGGGGUCAAAGGAAUAUUCCAUAACCAUAACAACCAAUAGCAGGAGCUUCCAGAAGAGCCUGUGUCUGGUUAAGCUGUUAUUCUCUUUUAAUAAUAAGCAGUCAAAUUAUUUGCUAUCAGUUUGAUUUUGUACCUGGGCACCACUCCCUGCAUCUUCCCUCCUGGUACUGAGAGCCAGAAGCUUCUGUAAGGUCUCCUGAGCCAAGUCUUGCACAGUGGUCAUGGUGCUUGGAAUGUUCCUUUAAUCUGAAGAAGUUGAUGACCUAUUCUAAAAAAUUUAAUCGUUUGUAAACAAUGUGAACCACAGAGCAAUGGCAAUGCAUAUAUUUUUAUUUUUUUAUUUUUUUUGUACAGCACGUUACAUAAAGUAUAGAGCUAGGAAAGCAAUGUGAAAGAAUAAGCCAUGUUCUGGAGCUGUUGAGAUAAUGUGGGUCUUGUGCACAACUAAACCUUCUUAUAUCUUUAGGUCAGUCAUCACCCUCCUGCAGCUGCACACCAUGCUGACUCUCGUCAUGGCUGGACCUUGCGACAGGAGAUAAAAAUUACUAGCAAAUUUAGGGGAAAAUAUCUCUCCAUCAUGCCAUUGGGUGAGAGAAAGAUAUAAGUAAGGGGGGUGGGGCAAUGAGCGGAAGAGGUGGGAGUGAUUUUUAAUCGGCUAUUGUUUCCAUUUUUAUAAUCAUAUUGUUACUCCGUAGGUACCAUUCACUGUAUAUUUCACAACUCUGGGAAUCAUUAUACAUGGAAGAAAGUGACCACAACUGUUCACAACAUAAUUGUUGGCAAACUGUGGAUUGACCAGGUAAAAUAAUGCAAAUCAAAUCUUUUUUUACUCUUGUUGUUCUUCCACUUUAUUUUUUUACAUUUCGUUUUCUCUUAUAUUUUUUCCCUGCAGUCUGGAGAGAUAGAGAUUGUCAAUCACAAGACGGGAGAUAAGUGUAAACUCAAGUUUGCACCAUAUAGCUAUUUUUCCCGAGAUGUGGCUCGAAAGGUAAAUUUGAGACUACCUUCUUUUAGCUUUCAUUUGACAUGCGACAUCUGCUACAUAGUUCACUAAUAAUACAGACUGAAAAAGGCUCAAGUCCAGCCCCUCACACAUGGCUUCUGUUUCAAAAAAAAUUAAAACAACCCAGUUUGAAUCAAAUUCCAGUUGUGCCCCAAAACAAAGGGAAACCAUUCUUUGUCUUCAAAAUGGUAAUCUAGUUUCUUCUUGUCUUCUCCUAUAUAUAUUAAUUCCAGGUGACUGGGGAGGUGAUGGAUGCAGCCGGCAGAGUACAUUAUACCCUGAUGGGGACUUGGGAUGAGCGCAUGGAGUGUGCACCAGCAUCACUUACUGGAAGUGGAUCUGAGAAUGGAGGCGAUAAAGCUCCAGAGAGCAGGACAUUGCUGUGGAGGAGGAACCCUCUUCCGUCAGUACAGGCUAUCUUGAAACCCUCUGUGCACCAUAACAUAUGUUUGUUUUUUGGUUUUCUUUAUCCCUUCUCUUUUAUAUUCACAGUAAAAAUGCAGAAUACAUGUAUUACUUCUCCGAGCUGGCACUUACUUUAAAUGCCCUUGAAGAUGGCACUGCCCCAACAGACAGUCGUCUACGGCCAGACCAACGACUUAUGGAGAACGGUAACUGGGAUGAGGCCAAUGCUGAAAAACAGAGACUCGAAGAGAAACAAAGAAGCACAAGACGCAGAAGAGAGGCAGAAAGAGAGAGGGCUGGAGAAGAAGGUACGUAAACUGGUAUUCUAAAUGUUUUUUUCCCCACAGUCACCCUUCAAAAGCAUAGAAAAUUAUUAAUAUAUGAAGUCGUUGAUAAAUUUUAACAUUAAAGCUUAAGUCAUUUCUUUAACAUCUAAAAUCAUACGCAUGGGCAAGGCAGGCUAAAGUAAUCUCAUAUGUAGGAGUGCGUAUAGUUCCAUUUGCCUGAUUGACCGCUGUGGUCGGACUGUCUUGUAACAUAAUAGCUAUAAUAUUGUGUUAUAAUAGUAAUAAUACUUUAAAGAGAAACUGUCACUUAUAAGGAUUUUUAAUAUUAUGUUUAUAUAUUUAACAGAUAUAUAUUUGUGAAAUGUCAAACAAAUGUAAUCAAUUGUAGAAAACCAAACCCAGGUGCCUUCACCUUUACUCUCUCAUUCAUUAUUGUAUGCUCUGUCCUUUGCACUGGUCAGUAAGCAUUGAGAAAGCACACAGAGGAGAGUAGAAAUUAAACUUUGCCUUGUUUAAAUUGGAUUGUGAUGUAAUUUGCUAAAUCUUUUAUAUAAAGUUUAAAAUGAAACCGUAACGCAAGGGGAUUUCGGGUGUUUUUCUUAAUCGUGUAAGUUCCUGACAAGUGACGUUCCUACUUUAAAUAAAGAUAUCAGCGCACAAUCGCCCAUGGCAACAUCCGUGAAUAUAAGGGUGAUUUUAGAUGGAUAUUUUAACAAAGUAAUGUCCUGAAUUUGGAGAGAAUCAGGGGCAAUUCUGUCUUUGUAAAUGAAAUAGACAGCCUUAUUCUAAAAUUCUUAAACAUCUCCAUCAUGAAUAUCCCGUGGUGAUCAAAUCGGAAUACAAAAAAACACUGCACGUUUGUGUGGGCGGACCCCCUGCCAUACAAUCAGUGUGUGACUUCAGUAGAAUACUGAUUGCUAUAGACAGGUGUUGUCGUUUUACUGCCUCCAUGAUGACAUUUGCUUUUUAAAAGCUGUAAAGGACAUGUAGUCUAGAGUAUAUUGUAGAUGACCUUAUAUUAAAGAAGUGUAUUCUUGCUUUUUUGAAGUUUUUUUAUUAUAAUUGUUAUGGAGCAAAUUUUCUUUAACGCCCUUAGUUAUUUCAGAAAGCUUUACUCUGGUUUUUAAGGUGAACCUUUAAAGGUUGUACAGUGUUUAUAGAAUAGCUUACUAAUUAAGGUGUAUUAUUGCAACUAUCCCCCUUCCUUUUACCUGUCAAACAAUUUUGGGUAGUUUGACAAAAAUAAGACUCACCUUGGCACCAACAGUUUGUUCCUUCUGAAUCUGAGUUAAUGCAGAAGUUUCACUGCUUUGAUAUCUGUAUAAAGCUGGAGAGAUACUGUGUAUUAUUUGAGGAGCUAACGAGUAUGCUAUGGGGAUCAGAGACCAUUUUAUUUUUUUGUCUGAUCACUUUCAAAACAGUUUGACAUAUAACCCCAUUAAGUCAAUACAAAAUACUCGAAACCGUUUAUAGUAUUGUAGCAUCGUUUCUUAACCAUAAGCAGCUAAUAUUAUUUAUUUACCUAAUUCUUCACUGUGAUACUCUCCUCCCAGGGUCUCCAGUAGAUACAUAUAAGCCCAUGUGGUUUGACCGAAAGAUGGAUCCUGUGAGCAAAGAGAUGACACACAUUUGCAAUGGCACAUACUGGGAAACCAAGGAACGUCAGGAAUGGGGGAAUUGCCCAGACAUCUUCUGAAGAAUGCUGGCAACAUCUUGCUCUCUUCCCAGAUUCUCUCUUGCUCCAUCCUUUACUGAUCCCCAUCCUCUACCUGCAGCGAUGCCUUACUGACCCUAGUCCUGACUCCUCUGGACAGAGCAAUGCUCUGCAGGUCCCUGGCUAAUGAGGGGAUAAUGGAGUGUGACACUCUGUAGGUCUUGCAGGGUUUAUGUCACUAUAAACAUUAACAGUGGUUUUUCACCAUUGCUUCACAUGAGGAACAUAUCUCACUGUACGCACAUACUCAUCACUUGGGGAUGUAUACCAUUAAACAUCCAAAGGACCAUAAAAUGACACCUACUCCUAAAUGGCAAUUUGCCUUGCAAUAUAUUUCCCCAGUGUCAAAAAUAUGUUCCCAAAUUUACCUUAUCAAAAAGGACACCAUGAAUAGAGGUAUUUCUUAGGGGUCUAACUUUUAAAUAUUUUUUAAAUUUUUCCCUGACCUGCAGAGCAUAGUGGCGUCCCCUUAGCCCUCUGAACCAUCUCACAGCCCCCACUCUGAGCACUAGGGUGGGUGGGGGUGUUGUCUGCCUUAUGUUUGAGUUAAUUUCUUUGUGAUUUUUGUGUUGUGUGAAUACAUUUUGUGAAAGAGAGGGUGUUAACAUUUUUGAAGACCUUUGGUAUGAUUUCUUUACUUUUUCUUCCCCUUUUUUUUUUUUGUGGUGCGCAAUUGAGGAUUUGCUGUCAGACAAUUAGAUAAUCCUACAUUGAGUGUGUAUGUAUGUCUGUGUGUGUAUGUGUGUGUGAAUAUUAUAUAUACAUUUAUGUUUGUGUUUGUAUAUACAAUAUACACACACGCAAACCUAUAUAUACACACAAUGUAUGUGUGUAUAAAUUUUCAUUUCUCCCAUCGCUCUACCUCUCAACGCGUGUCUCUCCCACUUCUCUAAAUCUCUGUGCAAAUACUAAAUUAAAUAAAAAUCAUAUGACACAUUAAACGGAUUCUUUUUCUUUUUUCCCCCCCAACUGUUUGUUUUAGUAUUG